AUGCACACAGUUUUUCGAAUUGGUGAUGUUCGAAAAAUUGACAAGGAAAGUCCACUUUAUGAAGUGGAUCUCAAACUUACAGCAGAUGAUGAUCAACAACUCCGUCGAUUAACCAAAAGUAUAGCAGAAGAGAUCGGUGGCACCGGGUGGUAUCGAUUGGGUCAAUUGCUGCUCAAAAUAGCUCAAUUCGACAAGGCCGAGGAAUUGUAUACCGCAUUACUAGAACAGGCAUUGAACGACAGCGAUAAAGCACAUCUUUAUCAUCAACUUGGAUGGUUGAAAGAUGACCAAGGACAAUACAAAGAAGCAGCUUCAUUUUAUGAGACAUCUCUCAAAAUCAAACGAAAAACUCUCCCAGAAGAUCAUCCUUCAUUGGCUAAUACCUACAACAACAUCGGUCUCGCAUAUAACUACUUGGGUGAAUACCCGAAAGCACUUGAAUUUUACGGAAAAUCGCAUAAAAUUUACGAAAGAUCUCUGCCAUCGAAUCAUCCUGAACUGGCUGGUUCCUACAACAACAUCGGUCAAGUGUAUAACAACAUGGGUGACUACUCGAAAGCACUUGAAUUUUUCGAAAAAGCACUUAAAAUAAGAGAAACAGCUCUGCCUCCGAAUCAUCCUGAUUUGGCUAUUUCCUACAACAACAUCGGUGCAGUAUAUAACGCCAUGGGUGACUACUCGAAAGCACUGGAAUUUUACGAAAAAGAUCUAGAAAUCAUAAAAAAAGCUCUGCCUCCGAAUCAUCCCGAUUUGGCUCAAUCCUACAACGAAAUCGGUACAGUGUAUUACAACAUGGGUGACUACUCGAAAGCACUUGAAUGUUUCAAAAAAUCACAUAAAGUCUUCCAGGAAACUCUACCUGCAAAUCAUCCUCAUUUGGCUUAUCCAUACAACUGGUUUGGAAAGAUUUAUCGCAGUAUGAAAGAUUAUCCAAGAGCACUUGAGAAUUUCGAAAAGUGUCUCUCAAUAUGGCAAAAAGCCUUAUCUAAAAAUCACCCCCUUCAAGCUGUGGCAUAUAGUAAUAUUGGUGAUGUUCAUCGACUAAUGGGAGAUUAUGAAAAAGCAUUGUUAUUUCAUCGAAAAGCAUUAAAUAUCCAAGAAAAUGUUCAAUGUAAUCCUCUCGAAUGUGCAUUAACAUAUAUAAAUUUAGGUGAAACUUAUCGAGAAAUGAAAGAUUAUUCAACAGCAUUGACAUAUUUUCAAAAAGGAUUAGAAAUACGUCAGAAGAAAUUACCAAAAGAUCAUCCUGAUUUAGCUGUUGUAUAUCACAAUAUGGCAAAAUUAUAUUUAUCUACUCGACAAUAUAAUAUGGCAAUGAAAAAUAUUCAACAAACGAUUGAAAUUGCACAAGAAAAAUUACCUUCAACUCAUCCUCAUCUUUUGGACUAUAAAGAAACAUUUGAAAAAAUUCGAAAGAAAAUGUAA